AAGAUAUUAGCAUAUAGACCCAACUAAUCGAUGAACGCUCUCAAAUAUUUUAUGACGUUGGAACGAGAAUUGUCUGCUCCGGAUUGCUGUGUCAUUUUGACCCUUACUCUCUAAACGUUUCAACAGUCAAGCUAACGUGCUUUUAACGAAGAGUUGGGAGGAGGACUCUAUGAAUUCAAAGGGGCAGCGGCAGCGCCUGGUCGUUGAAGAGAUUGGUCAAUAGCACCAAAUCUUCCGCUGGCUUGGGGUAAGUGAGGUAUUUGCUCACGACUCAGCGGUGCCGAAAGUUGUAGAAGCUUUUCUCAUACGUGGAGAGAGUUUUAGUUUGAUUAGGGCGUGGACGAGGUAGGUGCUCCUACAUCUUUGCACACAAAAUUGUAAAUACCAAUAUUUUAUUAUUAUUUGUGUUGCGUGAGCGGCUGGGAAUUUUUAACUAUAAAUUUGAGAAAAUCCAAAACAAUAUGAAUUGGAUAGAAAAGGGAGGAACUUUGCUGGUGGGGUCUACUGGAAUUUGGAAUGGGGAGUGAAUUGCAGCGUCGGGUGGCGGAGCUGGUGACGGCGGGGAAGCGGAGGGAGACGGAGAGCCCGGUGGAGUGGGCGGUGGAAGUGGGGAAAUGGGUUGAGGCAGCUCCGAGCAUUGAGUUGGGGGAAGUGUUGGUUUCCCAACUCUGCUUCCAACACAACCGACCAUCCCUUUGGAAGUUUCUUGACAUUGCUCUCUCCUCCGGCCUCCUCUCCCCUCUCCAUAUCCUCUCCAUGCUGUCUUCCAGGGUGAUUCCUCAUAGAUGGUCGCAACCAGAAGCUUAUAGACUUUAUCUUGAACUCCUAAGGAGAUAUGCAUUUUCAUGUGGUCCACUUUCUGGUGAUGUUUCCAAAGAAAAGAUAACGGAAUCCAUUGAUGUUGCCCUUGAGCUUUCUCAGACUUAUAAGGUUCAUGUUGUGGAGCUUGGACAUGCCUUGGUCUUGUUCUUUUUCAGUGUAAUCAGUAGCUUGAUUGACAGCACGUUGGAUGAUUGGGGAUUCAAAAUGACUUCCCGAAAGAGGCCGAGAUCAGAUUUCGGAGGUGCAGACUACAGAAAUAUGGAAAUUGAUUCCAGAGAAAGUCAGAAUCUCAAAGUUGAAGAAAAUCGUGAACGGAUAAGGAAAAUGAAUUCUUUUUUGGCCAUAGAGGUGCUGGCGAAACUAACUGAAAGCAGAAAAGCUUUGGUUCUGCUUCGACUUGUUCACUUGAAUAUGCCUGAAAUAUUCAAUGGCCUCCUGCAGAGGCUAGGAUUUCUCGAAGGACAUCAUCGUGCAUCGUCAGAUUUCAGGUCUGCAGUGGAACCGUUGGCAAGAUUGUCUGCCAACAUCCAAAGAGUCUCGGGUUUUAAAUACCAGUUAAAUAAGCACCAGCUCAUUGGGGUGCUUCUUGAUAAUGGAUCUCAGAAGCCGGUAUUCCACUGCAACUCAGGAUUUGGUCAUUCCACUUGUUGGGUCCGUUUCGAUAUAUACAUGGAAAAUGCAAUGGAUGGGAAGCAACUUUCUAUUAAAUCAGUUAUUGAUAUACUUGCAGAAGGAAUCACGACGCUGCAAGUAUUUAACCAGGCAAGCUGGCAAGAAACCUUCCUAGCACUCUGGCUCUCAGCCCUUCGACUUGUGCAACGAGAACGUGACCCUGUUGAAGGCCCUGUACCACAUCUUGAGUCCCGUCUUUGUAUUCUUCUGUCUAUUGUCCCCUUGGCCAUUGCUAACAUUUUGAAGGAUGAGACCAAAAUGAAUUCCUCUUCUAUUCAGGGAGAUACUGUAUCUGGGAAUACGGAGAAUGGAUAUGGACACAAAAUGGGUGGUAAAGCUAAUACGUCAAAGAAACAGGGCCUGAUUUCUUCUCUCCAGGCCCUUGGAAACUUCUCUGGCCUCUUGUGCCCUCCUUCAUCAGUGGUUGAUUCAGCGAAUAUUGCAGCAACAAAAUCAGCUCAUUUUGUACGUAACUCCAAGAAUGAAAAGGAUACAACAGGAGGCAGUGGUGGUGACGUCUGUAUCAAAGCAGGUGGUGACAUGAGGCAUCUUAUUGUGGAAGCUUGCAUUGCAAGAAAUUUAAUUGACACAUCAGCAUAUUUUUGGCCCGGUUAUGUGUCUGCGUCCACGAUGUCACCAUCAAACACAACACCAAUUCAAAAAUUCCCUUGGUCAACAUUCAUGGAAGGAGAACCACUGAGGGAUUCCCUAAUAAACUCCCUUAUCACGACACCAGCUUCAAGUUUAGAAGAGAUAGAGAAGUUAUAUCAUAUUGCACUAAAUGGGUCUGAUGAGGAGAAGUCAGCCGCUGCAAAAAUUCUGUGUGGUGCAUCUCUCAGAAGUGGAUGGAACAUUCAGGAACAUGUUGUGCGCUUCGUGGUGAAGCUUCUUUCUCCUCCUGUACCUCCGAAUCAUACUGGACCAAGAAGUCACUUAAUUGAUUAUAUGUCAAUGCUGAGUGCCCUCCUUUUCGGAGCUUCCUAUAUUGAUACAGUUCACAUCCUUUCUUUGCAUGGUAAGGUCCCUGAAGUUGCAGCUUCUUUAAUUCCGCUUUGUGAGGUCUUUGGAUCACGUAAAUCAAGCAUGGGUGACGAGUCCUCCAUUUACAUGGUCUUUUCUUUGGCAUUUCUUUUUCUAUUUCGUCUCUGGAAAUUUUAUAGACCACCUCUUGAGCAAUACAUUACGGACAGAGGAGGACCAGUUGGAGGUGUGCUGACGUUGGAGUAUCUUUUGUUAUUGCGUAAUGGCCACAUUGCACCUGCCCGGAAUGAGACAAACGGCAGUGGGGAUCAGCUUGAAUCGUCAUCUGUGGAAGCUAUGUACAUUGAUUCUUAUCCAAAAUUACAAGCCUGGUACCGUCAACACAAAUCUUGUACAGCUUCAACACUUUCCAGUCUCUCUAGUGGAAAUCCUGUCCAUGAAGUUGCUAAUAAGAUAUUAAGUAUGAUUUACUGGAAAAUAACUAGAAGUGGGGCACCAUCAAGUAACUCUUCUGGACCAUCAAGCGCCAGUAUUAGUGGCUCCCCUGCAGAUACUAGAAAGGAUGCGUGUCAGAGACCAGUGCUUACUGCUUGGGAGGUAUUGGAAGCCAUUCCUUUUGUCCUUGAGGCCAUGUUAACUGCUUGCACCCAUGGCAGGCUUUCAUCUCGGGACCUGAUAACAGGCCUGAGAGACCUCGUUGAGUUUCUGCCUGCUUCUCUUGCUGCCAUAAUUAGCUACUUCUCUGCAGAAGUUACUCAUGGUAUAUGGAAACCAGUGCCUAUGAAUGGAAUAGAUUGGCCUAGUCCAGCAGCGGUUCUUCAAUCAGUUGAGUCUGAAAUAAAAGAAAUACUCGAGGCUGUUGGUGUCAAUGUUCCGAGCUGUGCCUCUGAGAUUUCAACUGCAACACUCCCACUUCCACUGGCUGCUCUUGUGAGUUUAACCAUUACUUUCAAACUUGAGAAGAGCGUUGAAUACAUCUAUGCUGUUGCUGGGUUGGCCUUGGACAGCUGUCCAUCGGGUUGUGAUUGGCCUACCAUGCCUAUUGUAGGCUGUUUGUGGGCUCAAAAGGUCCGCCGCUGGCAUAAUUUCAUUGUUAUAGCAACUUCUCGCGCCAUAUUUAGACAAAACAAAGAUGCUCUUGCGCAGCUUCUGAGAAGUUGCUUCUCCUCAUUUCUUGGCACGCUCCAUGUUUCAACCUCUUCUUUGUCCAGUCAAAGCGGUGUGAAUGGUCUAUUGGGUUUUACCGUCACAGAUAUUAAUGCUCAUCCUUUCAUGGCACCUGGGUUUCUAUACCUGUGCUCUUGUCGGACAAUACAUGUUGUCCAACAUGUGAGUGAUGUGAUUGUAGGAAUAGUAGCAGAGUAUGCUGUGAAAUUAGCCACCAAAUGUGCAAGCACGGAUUCCCCUCGCUUGAAUUCUAGUCAGGUAUCACAGAGCCUAGCCAUUGUAAAGAUAAAGGAAGUGGCCUCACUUGGUGCAAGUCUCUUGUGCGUGGCAGGCGGAGUCCAGCUAGUUCAAGAACUGUACCGGGAAACCAUCCCAAACUGGUUACUCUCAUCAAAGGAAGAGAGACUCGGGGAGGUGAAUGCUGUGUCUUGUGUAAUGGAGGGGUAUGCAAUGGCAUAUCUGGUGAUUCUGUCCGGCUCAAUUGAAUGGGGCUUCGGAGACAACUUGCCGUCAUGGGCACACUCUAGAAGAGCCAGGGUGGUCGGGAUCCACAUGGACUUUCUGGCAGCAUCAUUGGAGGGGAACAUAUCACUUGGUUGCCAUCCAGCUACUUGGAAAGCUUAUGUUUCUUGUUUGGUGGGUUUGAUGGUGAAAUUUGCUCCGAUGUGGAUACGAGAAGUGAAGGUGGAGACGUUGAGGAAAUUGGCCAGCGGAUUGAGAGGGUGGCAUGAAUCUGAACUGGCCAUUUCGCUUCUCGAAAGAGGUGGGGCGUCGGCCAUAGGAUCUGCCGCGGAAUUAGUAGUAAAUGUACUGGAUUGAGUCUGAAAUAAAACUUUUUUCAAGAUGUAGACAUUUUUAUUCACUCAGUAACAUUUUUAUAGGGAUUUAGCCCGGAGUACCA